CACACUGCACACGUAAUGUAUGUACGUACAUACGUGUAUAUUUAUAUUACGUGUACCAAAUUGAAGUGACUGACAAGUUUUUCUGUGAUGUGGACAAUGAUUACGUUAUGAUAACGCGAAAGGAUGAACGACAUGCAACUGUAAAAUAGGAAAGAGAAUAGCCUGUCAGAGGGUAGAAAUAUAACCGUCGUUAAAUGGCUUAUCAAACGUUUAGGCAGGAAUACCUGCAAAUGCCCGUGGUGACACGAGCUUAUACGACUGCUUGUGUCAUCACGACUCUAGCCGUGCAAUUGGACCUCGUCUCUCCAUUCCAAUUAUACUUCAAUCCGAUUUUAAUACUGAAACAAUAUCAGUUAUGGCGACUGAUCACAACUUUCCUAUUCUUCGGGACGGUUGGAUUCAAUUUCUUCUUCAAUAUGAUAUUUACGUAUCGCUAUUGUCGGAUGCUGGAAGAAGUCUCGUUCCGCGGUAGAACCGCCGACUUUGUUAUGAUGUUCAUAUUUGGUGGCAUCUGCAUGAUUAUAUUCGCAUUUUUCGUUAAUUUAUUGUUCCUUGGCCAAGCACUCACCAUCAUGUUGGUGUACAUAUGGUCAAGACGGAAUCCUUUUGUCAGAAUGAACUUUUUUGGACUCCUCAACUUUCAAGCGCCAUACUUGCCUUGGGUGCUCUUAGGAUUCUCCGUUCUAUUAGGCAAUGCAAUUUGGGUUGAUUUGAUCGGAAUGGCAGUAGGACACAUGUACUACUUUGCUGAAGAUGUAUUUCCACGACAAAAUGGUGGUUUUCGCAUACUCAAGACCCCGCAGAUAUUAAAAACUCUGUUCGAUGCACAUACGGAGGAUCCAAAUUACACACCGUUACCUGAGGAUAGGCCGGGCGGUUUUAACUGGGGUCAAGGUGCUAACGUGCAAUGAUUCGCAGACAAAUUCGCCGAAUUAACACCACAUUAUUAUCAUCACCCGAGCGUUUCAACAUUUUGGGCAAAUGGUGACAUAAAAGCCCCGUCGAACGCAAGACUGCGGGCCAUCCAGGCUAUUGAAUUGGCAACACCCUGCAAUUUCGUAGGAUCACGCUCUCCUUGGACUUUGCGCAUCUCGGUGACUAACAACUGGUCAG